GUCCCGGAGCGAGCAUCGGCCUUUUGUUGUUUUUGUGCCCGGCUUUGCGCUCAGCUGCUGCGGGGGAGGAUGAGCCGAGGAGCCGCGACCAGGAGCGGAGGAGCACGACAGUGACAUGAAGAAGGACGUGGAGACGCUGAUCGCAGAGGAACGAGCCGACAUCCUCCUCAAAUAUGCCACAGGCAGACAGGGCGGGGUGCAGGUCCACCCCUGGGAGGACGGAGACUUCAGCAUCUAUAAAGUGGUCGACCGCCUCGGCUUCAUGCAUGAGAAGGAGCUUCCACUCCCCAGCGCACAAGAGGAGAAGCUGAAGCAACAGGGGCUGGACAGAGCAGAGAAAUGGCUGAAGAUGGUGAAGAAGUGGGACAAGUACAAACGCAGUGAGAAGUUGGUGAAGCGUGUGUACAAAGGCAUUCCGGCUCAGGUCCGGGGACAGGCCUGGGCUCUGAUCCUGGAGGUGGAGAAGAUCCGGAGGGAAAACCCAGGAAAGUACCAGAGGAUGAAAGAUCAGGCCCUGGUGUACUCAUCUGAGAUUAAACAGAUUGACCUGGACAUAAACCGCACCUUCAGGAAACACGUCAUGUUCAUGGAGAGGUUUGGAGUCAAGCAGCAGUCUCUCUUCUAUGUGCUCGCUGCGUACUCAGUCUACAACACAGAAGUGAGCUACUGCCAAGGUAUGAGUCAAAUCGCUGCUCUGUUGUUGAUGUUCAUGAAUGAAGAGGACGCGUUCUGGGCCCUGACUCAGCUCCUCACUGACCACAAACACGCCAUGCACGGUUUCUUUGUCCCUGGAUUUCCCAAACUGCAGCGUUUCCAAAGUCACCACGACCAGGUUCUGUCCAAACUGUUGCCCAAGCUCAAGAGGCACAUGGACCGGGAGCAGAUGUCCACCGGUAUCUACAGCACCAAAUGGUUCAUGCAGUGUUUCAUCGAGAGGACGCCAUUCAGCCUGACCCUUCGUCUGUGGGACAUCUUCAUCUUGGAGGGAGAGAGGCUGCUCACCGCCAUGUCCUAUACCAUCCUUAAAAUACACCGCAAGCGUUUGAUGCGUAUGUCAUUGGAGGAGCUGAGAGACUUCCUGCAGGAGCGGAUUGCUGUGUCUCUGUCCCUCAGUGAUGACCUCAUAAUCGAGCAGCUGCAGGGAGCCAUGUCUGAGCUGAGGAAGAGGAAGCUCGACCUGCCUCCUCCAGGGAAAGCAGAGGAGUUGCCCCUUCGUCCUCUGGGACAGGACCUUCCAGCGCUGCUCCUCAGUCACAGACCCGCUCUGGCCUGCCCUCCUCUGCCUCUCUCUCCCGACCAGAGCCCAUCUAAAGACCCCCGUGCUCUGGAGCCCCCCGUGGACCCCCUCCCCUCCCUGGAUCCUGUCCUCAUCCACCGCACCGCCCUUGCCUCCCCGGAAGACUCCCCCCUCACAGGACCCCCACCUUACCAGUCCCCCCAGGCCCGCCUUACCCCUCCUCCAGACCCCUCCUCCAGGAUCACCAGGACUCUCUCCGCUCCUGUGGCCCAGUCUGAGGUGCUGUGUCUGGGGAUCAGUCAGUCUGAAAGUCUGGCUCCUGUCCCACUCCUCGUCCAGGACGGUUCGGAUACAGAGGAGGGGUCAUGAAGUGGACUGAAUGUACCAAGCAAUUGACUUUUAAGACGCUGUAUUAUCAAACUAUUUUUUGUAUUUAAAGCUCGAUUUAGGAUAAUUUAAACAUAAAAAAAACUUCACUGCCAGCAAGACAAAAUCAAAAUUCAUGCCAGAUGCCCUCCUGUCUCGGUACAUGAUGUAACUUUUCUGGUUGAGAGUAUGCCUUCUUUUUUCUCUAUGGAGGUGUUAAUUCUUUACCAAGAUUGUUCCACAGUAAUAUAAACUUAUAUUAAUGUAUCUCCAUGGAGACAAACAAGUGACAUCGCAAGGCUAGGUUACUGGUCAGGACUGUGGAGAGGUGAGGCUGCUUAGUGUUUUUCAGCAAUAAAAACACCUGCAAUUAACUACAUGCUAAGUAGAUAGGUUUAAUGUCAUACUGUGGAACAUACAAGGCCUUUGAUACACUCUCCCAUUCUAGACACUCACACCUGACCAGGAGAGAAGAUAUGAGCCAGGAUAUGGUUCCAGACCCACUCCUCUGUGUAAAGUUUUGUCAAAGCGUGUGAUAAUACUUGUGCCCCACCCGCCUUGAGACAGACUGACAAAGGAGUGGCAGCCAUUCUCAGUGUAAUAUCCAGGUUUUGUCUACAGUGUAAAAGGAUUUAUAUGUCAGAAUCUUGAUAAGCACAAUCCAUGUUCACAAAAGCUGUUUAACUGCCCUGAACAAUAAGAAUCGAUAUUGCUGUUUAAGUAUCAGUGAGCUACCAGUGCCAAGCUAAUACAUGUGUGCCAAUGUUCUCAAUAAUACUCACCAGUUUGAAGGUCCUAGAUUAUGUUGCAUUGGUUUUUUGAGGUUUUAGUCAUGUUAGAAUGCUGUUAAAUCAUCCAAAAUAUGUCUGUGUUUCAAUCAUGCUUUGAGUUAUCGCUAAAAUUGACAUCUGCUUGGUUCCACCUUGUGAUGUCAUUAGGUGUUAAUCCAGGAGAUGGCCAUGUCUAAAUUUCAAACUAUCAUUUUGAAGUGUCUGUGCUAAGGUGUCUAAAACUCUAAAUACUACAUAGUGUAGGACCUUUAAGCUACAGUGCCAUGUUUGAACAAACUUGAACCACAGAUUGUCCUGAAAUGUUGUUUUUUUUUCUUCAAUGGUGA